AUGACAACCAACGGUGAACAUAAAAAUGAACCAAGACCACGUUUAUGUCAUCUUCGACGAUGGCCAAAUUUUGUUGGUUAUGGUUUUAAUUUACAUUGUGAAAAAUCUAAACCAGGACAAUAUAUUGGUAAAGUUGAUCCAGAUUCUCCCGCAGAAUCAGCUGGUUUACAUGAAUAUGAUCGUAUAAUUGAAGUUAAUUUUGUUCCUAUUGGAAAUGAAAAUCAUAAACAAGUUGUAUCAAGAAUAAAAGAAGGUGUUACAAGAAAUGGAACAAAAUAUGCUGAAGAAGUUAUUCUACUUGUUGUUGAUCCUGAUACAGAUGCUUAUUAUAAAAAUAAAUCAAUUAUUGUUCGUAGUUCAGAUUCAAAUGUUGAAAAACUUGAAACAGAAAUUCGAGAUGGAAAAGAAUAUGGUGAUCAAUCACCUCAAUCAUCUGAAAAAAGUAUUGGCAAGACAGAUUCACCUAUUAUCCGACAAACAUCACCAAGAACAAUGAAAAAUGAACCUGUUCGUGAAUAUAAACAUGUUACUGAUUUUACCGGUCCAACAGUCACACAUACAACUAAGACUGAUGGUUCACCUACAAUAUCAAGAACAUCCGAUCAAGAUGAUGAUCAUGAAAAUUACCUUCAAUCAUCUCCUCGAUUGCCUGACAAAGAGAAACGUAAAGAAUUUACGUCCGUUGGUAAUUCAUCACCAAAACUUUCUACAAAAGAUUCACCUCUGAAAUCAACGGGUACGGAUGGUUCUCAUCAAAGUCUAUCACAUUCAUCAUCAUCAGCUAAUGGUUCAGAAGGAGGAACACUUGAAAUUAAAAUGUCAGCUGCAGAAUAUCGAGAAAAAUUAAAAGCUCAACAUGCUCGUAAACGUGAUUCACGCCAAGAUCAACAAUUAUCUAUGAAACAGAAACAUGAUUUAAUCGAUCGUUUAUAA